GUUGGUUCCUAAUUUCCAGGUAGUUUUCUGGAAUGUUUUAUCAUUUACAAUGCCUACUUUUUUAUUCCUAAUUUUUUUAUUUCUCAUUCACCCAGAUUUUCAAAUGUCAGAUAGUGACACUUUUUUGAUAUACAAUGAAAAUCUUCAUUUUUGCCUAAAACUUCAAGAAUCUCGUUCCUUCACCUUCGAUGUCUGCAACAAGUUUAAUGAGUGGCAAAAUUUUAAGUGGGUAUCUGAUUAUCAAUUAUUGAAUAUGGCAGUGAAAUUAUGCCUGAAUGUGCCUUCAAAAUCAAACAUGGUUUCAGUUACACUGUCACCAUGCAAUGAAACCCUUGCAUUACAAAAGUGGGAAUGCAGAAAUGACACUCUGCUUGCCCUUGCACAACAAGAUCUGUUUUUAAAUCCUGCUAAUGGGCAUGAGAAUGGGGUUAUACUAUCAGAAAACCUCUCCACCAAAAGUGUCUGGAAGAUCUAUGAAACAAAGAAGAGCUUGUGUGCCCAGAAAUAUGAAGCUCUAUUCACUAUAGAAGGCAAUGCCUUGGGAGCACCCUGCGUAUUUCCUUUCAAGUAUAUGAAUAAAUGGUAUGCUGAAUGCAUAGUUGAUGAUGAUGAACACAAACGGUUUUGGUGUGGAACAACUCCAGAUGUGGACAAAGACUCUUUAACUGGAUAUUGUCCUGUAAAAGAUGAAAACGAUGACUUUUUCUGGGUCAAAAAUCACUGGACAGGACAUCUCUACCAGAUCAAUUCCUUCUCAGCUCUAACAUGGGAUGAAGCAAGAAAAAGCUGUCGGCAACAAUAUUCAGAAUUAUUGAGCAUCAGCGAACUAUAUGAACAAGCAUAUUUGACAGGAUUAACAAAUGAUUUUGAAACCAAAUACUGGAUUGGUCUGAAUAACCCAGAUUUUGACAGUGGAUGGCAGUGGACUAAUCACCAACUGUUAAGAUAUUUCAACUGGGCUCCAGGUAGCCCCUCUUCUGAAACAGGAAAAAACUGUGGAUUGAUGCAUGGUAGGAUUGGCAAAUGGGAAAAUAGUCAGUGUGAAAAGAAGCAUGGAUACAUCUGUAAAAGAAUGAACUCUUCAAUACAGGCACCUGGACCUUCUUCAGAUGAUCUUAAGCCAAUUAAAUGUCCAGGUGACUGGGUUGGAUAUGCAAAGCAUUGCUACCGUCUGAACAGAGAUCGCAAAACAUGGAAGGAUGCCUCAGUCUCCUGCCAAAAGGAUGGUGGACAUUUACUAAGUAUACAUGACAUUGAGGAAUACAGCUUUGUUUUUUCUCAGCUUGGCUAUAAAUCAACAGAUAAUUUGUGGAUAGGCCUAAAUGACCAGAAGACUUCUUCAUAUUUUGAAUGGAGUGAUGGUACUACAGUGAGAUUCAUCAGAUGGCAGAAAGGAGAACCCACACUUAUAAGUAACGUGCAGGAAGACUGUGUUAUCAUGAGUGGGAAGAAUGGAUACUGGGCAGAUCAUUUUUGUGAAGAGGAAUUAGGAUACAUCUGUAAAAAAGAGCCUUCAGAAUUUCUUCCUGGAAUAGAUGAAGUUGCUGAUCCAAAGUGCCAAAAAGGCUGGAAAAGGUAUGGUUUCUAUUGUUACUUAAUUGGAAGGACACCUGCAACAUUUUCAGAAGCAAAGACAUCUUGUGAAACAAACCAAGGAUUUCUGAUCUCUGUGGAGAAUAGAUUUGAGCAGGCCUUCCUGACUAGCCAAAUUGGACACCGUCCUGAAAAAUAUUUCUGGAUUGGCCUUUCAGAUGUAGAGAAUCCAGGAACUUUCAACUGGACCAAUGGAGAUACAAUUCAGUUCACUCACUGGAAUGCAAAAAUGCCUGGCCCAAAUCCUGGCUGCGUUGCCAUGAGAACAGGAGAAGCUGCUGGACUGUGGGAUGUUGUCAAUUGUGAGGAGCGGGCUGCCUUCCUUUGCAAGCAUUUGGCUGAAGGGGUGACGCCUCCUCCAAUCCUGAGAACAACGCCCCCUCCCCCAUGUCCUGAAGGAUGGACUGCAAGUCCAACGAGGAAUGUCUGCUUCAAGGCCUAUAUAGAGAAAAAAAUUGAAAGGAAAACUUGGUAUGAGGCAUAUGACUUUUGUAAAAAAAUUGGAGGAGACCUGGCUUCUUUUCAUACUAAACUAGAGGAAAGAUUAUUAAACAAACUAUCAAAAUCAAAUUAUGUCUGGAUUGGUUUGCGAAUUUCAGACUCUAGCACAGGAUACACUUGGACUGAUGGGUCUCCUGUAAACUAUGAACCAGUUUUUACUUUGUUUUCCGAUGAAAGUAAAAAAUGUAGAGCGAUAUGGGGACAUAUUGGAUCCUGGAAAGCCGCACUAUGUGAUCGGGUUUUUGAUUGGUUUUGUCAAAUUACAAGAGGGUCAGCUUUAAAUCCAGAACCAAGCAACAGAUUUGAUUAUAUUUAUAAAAAAAUUGAGGAUGGCUGGAUUGAAUUUGAAAACAAUGAGUAUUAUUUCAGUAAUACAACAAUGCCUGCAGAAAAAGCCCGGAGAUUCUGCAAACAACAUCAUGGUGAUCUUACUACCAUUGAGAGUCAAAAGGAAAAACUAUUUUUGUGGAAAUAUGCUAUCAACUAUGGAAUUUAUUACGAUUCCUAUAUUGGUUUAAUUUUGGGUCUUGACAAAAAGUUUGGAUGGAUGGAUGGAACUCCAGUGACAUAUGAAGCCUGGGCCUCUGGUGAACCCAACUUUGCGAAUGAAGAUGAAAACUGUGUAGUUAUGUAUUAUGAUUCAGGUGUAUGGAAUGAUAUAAACUGCGGUACUAAGAAAAGCUUCAUCUGCGAAAGACAUAAUAGCUCUGUCCGUACAACUGCAAGGCCCACAUUACCUGCAAAUCCAAAAGGGUGCAGUGAAGGCUGGCUUUGGUUUGAUGACAAGUGCUUCCAAGUCUUUGGCUUCAGAGAAGAGGAGAAGAAAAACUGGAGCGCUGCACGUGAUCACUGCAGAAACCUAGGAGGAAAUCUGGCUAGUAUACCAAACAAAGCUGUUCAAGCUUUUCUCACAAUGCAGUUGAAAAGUGCUAGUGGUAAUACUUGGACUGGAUUGACUGACGUGAAUUGGAGGGGAUAUUUCCUCUGGACUGAUGGGAGUGGAGUCUAUUUUACAAAUUGGGCUAAAGGGUCACCUCGAUCAUACGAUGGUGAUUGCGUUUUUAUGGUGACAAAACCUGAAAGACUUGCAGGAUAUUGGAGAGUUGGAGUCUGUUCUUUUAAAAUGUCCUAUAUCUGCCAAAAAAAUACUGGUCCUGAACCUUACUCUGAACCAACGGAUCCAGCAUCUCACUAUAUCAGUUAUGGAAAUAGCAGCUAUUCUAUGGUUAGUCCCAAGAUGACCUGGGAAGAAGCAAGGAAGAAAUGUGAAUCUGAAAAUUCAAAACUGGCCGCCAUUCUAGACCCCUAUGUUGAAUCAUUCAUAUGGCUGCAAGUGCUCAAAUACAAGGAGCCUGUAUGGAUUGGACUAAGCAGCCAAGAGAAUGAUGCUAGGUACAAGUGGGUAAGUAACUUGAGGCUAAUGUACACUAACUGGGCUGCUGGAGAACCAUUGCAUAAGACAGCCUGUGUCUACCUAGACACUGAUGGUUAUUGGAAAACAGGAAACUGCAGUGAAAAAUACUACUCUGUUUGCGAGAGAUAUUAUGGUGUAAUGCCAACUGAGAUUCCACAAUUGCCAGGAAAAUGCCAAACCUCCAAAAACAGCCAAAUAUCUUGGAUUCCUUUUAGAGGUCAUUGCUAUAAAAUUUUCCUUUUAAUGGAAACUUGGCCAGCAGCAUCUAUGGUGUGUUCUCAUAUAGGUGGUACCUUGACUUCAAUCGAAGACUCAAUUGAAUUACAAUUUUUACAGAAAGAAAUGGAAAGUGUUGAUAUUAAUGAGUUUUGGAUAGGCUUAUACAAAAAUAUAGAUGGAGAAUGGAUAUGGCAAGAUAAAAGUGAAGUUGCUUUUGUCAACUGGAAUGAACAGCAGUUAAGAAUUUCUCUGCAGCUUGAUUUUAAAGAGGGCAUCGAGAUCUUUUUUGACAAGUGUGCUUACAUGAAUACUAAUUCUGGACAAUGGUUCAUGGGGCACUGCGGAGAUUUUCGAUCAAGAGCAUUUAUUUGUAAAAGAAACAAAAUUACUGAAGAAUCAACUAUAAAGCCUACAAAAAUAUCAGUGCAGAAAGGAGAGGAACUUCUAUCAACACAUGGCACAGCAGUGGUGGUAGUUAUCCCAAUUAUCUUCAUAGUCAUUGGUGCAGGAAUCACAGCCUAUAUUUUCUAUAGAAGAAGAAACAGACCACAAGUCUCUGCUGGAUUUGACAAUUCUCUGUAUAGUGACAAUGUGGUUAUUCUUCAUAAGGAUUCACAAUCUCUUGUAGACAAUCAAGAAUUAAAUUAACCAAUAACUGUAUCUUAUCCAGGGAUAAAAUAUAUUGGAUGCAAUACAUUCAAAAAUUGAAUUAUACUGUUAAUAAUUUAAUAUUUUAAAGUAUUUGAAAAAAAUUAGACCUUAUUAACAAUAUAUAUUGGUCAAACCCAUGAUAUGAAAAGACUGAAUUUAUUAGUUACUAAGUAAAAACAUAUUUUGUAUGGUAUACUUUCAAAUGAAAGAUUUCAAUUAAAGAAGAAUUAGAAGUGGUUCUUUUGCACACUGCAUAGAAAGCAUGCAAAAAUUGUUUCUGUAUUCAUCUACCAUAGUUCAUUAAAUCAAUUGAUUCCUUUACUUCCUCCCUUCAAAGCAACUUUAUACGGGGUUUCAAAAAUUAAACAUGUCACCUAAACCAAUGUUUGAGAUAUUAAAUCACAAGUUUCUACUAUUUAAUUAGUGUUUCUCCUGUAUGGAACCAAAGCCUCUACAUCUUUCAUGCAUGUUUAAAUGAUCUUUUCCUUUUCCUUAUGUGAGUCUCAACAAAUUUCCAAGAAUAGCUUGCAUCAAUGCCCAGAUAAAGCCAUCUGCUGUCUCAUAGCCAGCAAUGUCCCCAUUUAUCCCUGAUUUCCCUUCAUACACUUCUCAGUGUGCAGCAAGGUGUGAUGUCCUUUUCUAGAGACUAUUCAAGAGAAGCAUCCCCUUCUUUUUGGUUCUAGACCCUGACUAUUACCCUUGCUACACCAAAUCUCAAACAAUUCAGAGUAAUAUUCCUGUUGUCAUUUGGACAAAGCAUACGCCAGGGAAUUCUGGGUUCAUGUUUGCAUCCUCUUCAAUAAAGCUAAACUUUUAGUGAGUAUAGGUUACUGAUAUUUAAGAAGGAGGAAAAGGACUUUACCUUUCAAAAAGGAUUGCACCUGAAAAUCCAGACAGAGAAAUUGUGUGUCCAGUUGGUAUGAAUAUACCAUCAUAUAGUGGCACAGUGCACAAGAAGAUGGAGGGACUUACUAGAGCAACCCGUGACCUUCUCCCCUGGCUUCUUCAUUGAUUGCUUGUGGGGAGGUCACAAAUGGCAGUCAUGGGAGGGUUGUAUUCUGCAAUUAUUGUUAAUUGUAAAUUGAUUCCUAAAUGUCCAAAUAGCAAUCUAAUGAGCGUAGAGUGCUACAAUGAUCAGAACUUAGAAGAUCAAUGAGUAAGUACAACACAUUCAGCAUUAUUGAAACUUCAAACAGUUGUUAAACUGUUAAACUUGGCAGCACAAAGAAUCAGCCAAUGACUUAGUAGCCAUAGCUGGCUAUCAACAACUAAAAAGCCAUAUACAACUAGGCACCAUAUAAAUAUCAUGCAUUCUGCACACAUUCUGCUAGGGAAAAGCUCCCUGAGGAUGGGCUCCAGCACAAGUCUGAAAGCUUGGAAGUCAAAAACUUUGGUCCCAGUGGCUGACCCAGAUUGGAUCUUGAAAUCUGAAAGAUGACAAAGGCAUUGCUAUGCACUAUUAUUGCCAAGGAAACUUGGAUGAAAGUGUUCUUUUGUCACCAAGAAUAAAGCUAAUCUUGAGGUAACUUACUUUUUAUAGGAUCCAAUCUGAGUCAGUCAUCAGGACUAGAGGUUUGCUCUUCCAAGUUUUCAGACUUGUACUGGAGCCCAUCCUCAGGGAACUUUUCAAUCUCCAGGAUGUGUGAGAUUGAAAAGUUCCAUGAGGAUGGGCUCCAACAUGAGUCUGAAAGCUUGGAAGAACAAACCUCUGGUCCUGAUAACCAACUCAGAUUAUAUCCUGCAACAUUAUUCUGGGACACAUAUAUUUGCCUUUGGUCACUACUGUUUAUAGCCUAUAAUAAGCAACUCUAAGGUUUUUCCAGGUUUGGUGUUCUAGUUUCUUAUAAAGUCUACCGAUAAAUGUUAUAUUCCACACAAAUUAUAAUUCAAAGCAAUAGAAAGAUUUCAAAAUAACAUGAAAGUUGCUGCUUCCUAGUCAUCCUUUAGGAUGAAAUGUGCAUAUUAGCUUUUUCAUGUGUUGAAACAGCUUAAUCAUCAGUAUCAAGUCUGAUACCAGAGAAAAGGGAAAUAUAAAUUACGUAUAUAUUUCUAAGAAAUAAGAAAAUUGACUGAAACAAAAAGAAAAAAAAGAAAACUGGCUGAAAAUUAUUGCCCUCCUACUAUCAGAAGAUUAAAGUUUACCAGUUGUUGGAAAUAUAAAGACAAGUUAAGCUCUUUGGAAUCCUCACUCUGACCAUCCCAAGACUUCUUCUCUAUGACAGCCUUCAUGAAGACUGUUGUAUAACACCUUGUUCCCAGUGUUCUCUUAAAGUUUAAGAUUAUGUAACACAGCUCUCUCUAACUUUAACAUGUUCCCAAUGUGUGAACAUUAACUUCUAGAAUUGCCUAGCAAGCAUUAUCAUUACUGUGAAAAAUUCAGCAAAGAUUCAGCAAUGCUGUUAUCUAGGCAAAGAUGUCAGGAAGGCCAACAACUGCUUGAUCAA